GAAAAUGGGAGUUCCACCAAGAUUAAGCACUGAGUUUCCUCUGCAACAACAGGAUGCCCAUGUGGGUGGGAGUAACAGCAUUUCCUCGCAGCAGAAACGUCACUUACGGACGGCGCCGGCCAUCAACCACCAAGAUCUAGGUCUACCUCAAGAAUGGUCAUAUUAGAAAUUUCCAAAAAAAAAAGAGGAAAACAGGGGUUGUUUCCUGCUUUAUAAACUGAUUCUAGUAGUAUCUUGGCUGUUUUUGAUCUAAGAAUAGAAAGGAUUCCAAGGGAGAAUAAAGGAGAAGAAGGAAGAACAAAACAAGUGUAAAAAUUUAGGGUUAAGUAUAUAAUAAGAAGAAGAAUCAAUGAAAUAAGGUUUUGAGUUUGUACCCUUCUUCUGGGUGGGAUGGCUGGGUUAAGUUCCUGUGAAAUAUAAUAAGGAUGCCUUUUGUAAUCUCUUUGUAAUCCGCUAUCAGCAGUUGUAUGAUAAUGCUAUUAAAUGGAAUUGCUUUCU